AUGCUUCCUACAGGGGUUGGAGGUCAGGGCAAGCGUCUCCCGGGCCCAAGGAGAAAGAUGGCGGUGGAAGCGCGCAUUAUCCAGGAGGAGAUUAAGAAGGAGCCCGAGAAGCCGAUGGACCACGAGAAGACCUGCCCGCUCCUGCUCCUGUCGCAGGUCUUCGCCACCAACAAGGGCCACCAUCACCAAAUGGACGAGUUCUCCCGCAGGAAUGUGCCCUCGAGCGAGCUGCAGAUCUACACCUGGAUGGAUGCAACCCUGAAAGAACUGACUAGUUUAGUAAAGGAAGUCUACCCAGAAGCCAGAAAGAAGGGCACACACUUCAAUUUUGCAAUUGUUUUUAUGGAUCUUAAAAGACCUGGAUAUCGAGUUAAGGAGAUUGGCAGCACCAUGUCUGGCAGGAAGGGCACUGAUGACUCCAGGACCCUGCAGUCACAGAAGUUUCAAACAGGGAUUAUCUGGACAUAGCCAUCACUGCUCCAA